AUGGCCCAGGUGUUGGCAGUCCCAGGAGAUGUUAGACAUGGAUUUUCACACACAACCACAUUCCACCAUGAUUUUGGAAGAAUAACUGGAAUAUCAUCGACUACAAAUGGGAACAUUUUAUUAUGUGAUUAUGUAAACAGGUGUCUGAUUUUAGUUGAUCCUCUUGGAAAAUACCUUAAUAAGCUAAGCGUAGAAAGUGAACCAUUUGAUGUGGCUAUUACAAGUCAAAAUAUAGGAUAUGUUACCCUACCAAACAAAAGAUCUAUAUUACAGAUAGACCCGGACCGACUGGUUGUACUACAUAACGCAACAAAAAACGACAAGUGCACAACCGUAAUAUGUGUGUCAGCAGUACCGAAUUCUGGAAGGGACACUGCAAACAAGGUUCCGUGUUAUCUUGGCGUAAAAAUGUAUAGUUCUUUGUAUGCAUAUCCAGUCAAUAGCUAUAACUUAUGGCUUUCAAACGAAAACAUAACUGGUAGUGGAUAUCCUAUUGAUUCUCGUGUAGUGAAGUUCCAUUGUUUUAACGCUGGAACUUUUAUUUCAUGUAUAGGCGGGCAGAACUAUAUCAAGAUUUCAAAAUGCAAUUUUCCUGGACAUCCUUGUACUGAACAAAUUGUCAACAUUGACACUAUGGUUACGCCUACUGACAUAUGCUCUGAUAACAAUGGACACAUCUACGUCAGUGGACAGGGUUCAAACAACAUACACAGGUUGACACAGGACGGCAAGGUUCUAGAUAUACCAUUGGACAGCAGACAUGGUAUCAAACAACCAGUUGCAUUAUGUUUCAACCCAAACUAUGAUAAAUUAUAUGUUGUUAAUGAAUGGGGAACAUCGGUGUUGAUUUUUGAUGUUAUUUGA